GCAUCUGCUGUUGCAGCUACUGUGGUAAUGUAUGAAGUAGUGUCAGUGGUGAGGUCUGGGCUGUUCAAGCAGGAUUUUGCAGCAUGAGUGAAAGCAUUUGUUCAGCUCUCUUUGUGUAAGAGUUGUAUGCACCACAUCCUUCAGCCAUGUUCUAGCAUGUUUCUCAUGUGAGUCAGCAUCGUGUAAGAAUUAGUGUAAGUGUUCUGUUUGAAAACUCUGUAAAAAGUAGAAAUACAGUGCAGCAGAAAGGGUGGAAAAUUAGGAAGCUGAUUGUACUGUUUCAUUCAAAAAUUGACUUCAAGCGUACUAAAUUUCUGAUAUUUUGGUAUAGGAACUUCUGAGCUUAUUCCCUGAGAUGUGAAAAUAUGCUAAAUCUGUAGAUUAAAUAACUGAUGGUGCUACUGAAAUGUAGAGCAUGGAUUAGAGUGCCUGUAAACAUGUGUUUUAUGUGUUGUAUCUCAGCCCUUUCCUGUGCAGUCUGGCUUGGCAGCCUGAUCCUUUACUGGAACCCAGCGCUCAGGGGUGAAUCAGCUUUUCCACUGCUGACACGGAUUAGAGACCCCUGAUGUAGGAUUUGCUGCUGCCUGCUCUGUGCUUUAGAGGGUGAGCAGGAAGAAGUUGUGCAGGCCAGGGAGGAGUCCAGAGCUGCUACCCCACAGUGCUCACAGGUCUUUGAUGUCUUUGUGGCUCGAAGUUCAGCUGGGAGCAGGUAAUUGAGAAUGAGCCCUCAAGGAUGCUGAGUCUACAAUGGGAAGUGUCACACUUCGCUAUUUCUGCUAUGGGUGCCUCUUCACAUCCGUGACCUGGACACUUCUGCUCUUUGUUUAUUUCAACUUCAGUGAAGAGAACCAAUCCUUCAAGAAUGUGCCCAUCAAGGGGCUGGAACCUCAGAGGCCAUUUCCAAAAAAAUUCUACCCCCGUUUUACACGAGGGCCAAUUCAUAUACCUGAAUUGCAACAGAAAGAGAAUAAGAUAGGAAACUCUUUUGGAAAUCAUAUCCAGGAUCCAGUUAAGGGGGAGAUAGAAUUCUCUCCUGAAAUGGGAAUGAUUUUUAAUGAAGAGGAUCAGGAAGUGAGAGACUUGGGCUAUCAAAAGCAUGCUUUCAAUAUGCUUAUCAGCAAUCGACUGGGAUACCACAGGGAGGUGCCUGAUACAAGAGAUGCAAAAUGCAGAGAGAAGUCCUACCCUGCUGAUCUGCCCUCUGCCAGCGUUGUGAUUUGUUUCUACAACGAGGCGCUCUCCGCCCUGCUCCGCACGGUGCACAGCGUCCUGGACCGCACCCCCGCCCACCUCCUGCACGAAAUCAUUCUGGUGGAUGACAACAGUGAAUUGGCUGACUUGAAAAAAGACUUGAGUGAAUAUGUUAAAACUCAGCUUCCCAAAACCACAAAAUUGGUAAGAAAUGAGAAGAGGGAAGGCUUGAUCAGAGGAAGGAUGAUUGGAGCCUCUCAUGCCACAGGGAAGGUGCUGGUGUUCCUGGACAGUCACUGUGAGGUGAAUGAGAUGUGGUUGCAGCCUCUGCUGACUCCCAUCAGGGAGGAUCACAGGACUGUGGUGUGCCCCGUGAUCGACAUCAUCAGCGCCGACACCCUCACCUACAGCUCCUCGCCCGUCGUGCGGGGGGGAUUUAACUGGGGCCUGCACUUCAAAUGGGAUCUCGUUCCCCUGGCAGAGCUGGAAGGACCCGAGGGAGCCACUGCUCCAAUCAAGUCACCCACCAUGGCUGGAGGGCUGUUUGCCAUGGAUCGUGAGUACUUCAAUGAGCUUGGGCAGUACGACAGUGGCAUGGACAUCUGGGGAGGAGAAAACCUGGAAAUAUCUUUUCGGAUCUGGAUGUGUGGUGGCAGACUUCUGAUCAUCCCCUGCUCCAGGGUGGGACACAUUUUCCGUAAGAGGCGUCCCUAUGGCUCCCCCGGGGGACAGGACACUAUGGCUCAUAACUCACUGAGGCUGGCACAUGUGUGGAUGGAUGAAUACAAGGAGCAGUAUUUUGCUUUGAGACCUGAGCUGAGGAUGAGGAGCUAUGGAAAUAUCACCGACCGUGUAGAACUGAGGAAGAAAUUGAACUGCAAGUCCUUUAAGUGGUAUUUAGAUAACAUCUAUCCUGAGAUGCAAAUAUCUGGGCCCAAUGCCAAAGCUCCACAGCCAGUUUUUAUUAACAGAGCACAGAAACGACCAAAAAUAAUCCAGCGUGGAAGGCUGUAUCACCUCCAAACCAACAAAUGCCUGGUUGCUCAGGGCCACCCAAGUCAGAAAGGAGGCCUGGUGGUGGUUCGGGAAUGUGACUACAACGAUCAGAACCAGGUCUGGAUUUACAAUGAGGAUCAUGAGCUGAUUUUAAAUAAUCUGCUUUGCUUGGACGUUUCGGAAACUCGCUCGUCCGACCCCCCUCGUCUCAUGAAGUGCCACGGCUCUGGUGGCUCUCAGCAGUGGACGUUCGGGAAAAACAACCGCCUGUACCAGGUCUCCGUGGGGCAGUGCCUGAAGGUGGUGGAUCCACUGAGCCACAAGGGCUACGUGACCGUGGCCAUCUGCGACGGGUCCCUUCCUCAGCAGUGGCACUUUGAGAGCUGAGACAGCGAGGAGGUGGCUGAGGAGAGUUCAGCUGAGCCCUGGUUCCCCUUCGGCCACGAUCUGCAGUCAUUCUGGAGGGGUUUGUGCAGAGCCCUUGGCUGCUACACCUGGCACAGCCAUGGAAGGACCCGCUGGAAAUGCCCUGCCCCGAGGAGCUGAGCGGGGCAAGGCCCAGGUGGUCACUGGUCCCUGGUCACACACUGAGAGCAGCAGCCCCACUGCACCAAGUGAAUUGAUCAUUGGUUCCUUGGAUGGUCCUGGAGUAUUGGACUGGUUUUAAGUAAGAGAAAUCAUUAGAGCAAUGUAAUUUAAUGGUGAGAUUUCAGCUUUGUGGAUCUUCUCAAUGACAAUGACAGAAAGGAGUCCUCCUUGACUAUUUCAUGUACAGUAUCUCAAUAAUUUACAUUUCUAGUAUGGUAUUACUGGCCAAAAUUAUUUUACUUUUUUCUGGAAAAUAUUUUUAUUCCCUUUCAUCUUCUGAUAAUUGUCAUUUGAAAUAUUUAAAUUUAGUUCUUUUAAUUUUAGGACAUUUCAUGUAGUUUAAGUUCUUUGCUGUCAUUCGUCACCUCAUAUUUAAAACAAAGUAACUAUUGCAAAGUCUAUUUUGAUGACUCAUGACAGUAGCUGCAUUUAAAAUAAAGUAUCAUUUUUUUAUUAA